AGAUGGACUGGUUGUACAUAGGACAUGGUCGUCCUCGCCAUUUUUAAAAGGAGAUUCAGUCGCUGAUCAACCGCGGUUGGGCACGUUGCUCGGGUCUGGGUCAGCUUGGUCUCCAGGGCCGCGAAUAAUCGCGUCGUUACAUCGAGAUACGGCCGCGACUACUUUUUCCGCGUACAGUGUCACCUGAAAUCGCGGCGUUCCCGCGAUGACGACGGCGUAAGCGACCUCCCCCUGUGUGUGGUUUCUCCUCGUCGAGGCGUGCGACGCGCAGGGUGCUGGUGGUGGUGUUUUAAAAAGUAUCCGUGCCAGGCGAGAAACGCAACAUGUCCAGUUUGCCGCAAAUGUCCAGCGGGCUGAGCAAGCUUAAAAAGAAACAUUUCCGCGUUAAGCAUCAGAAAGUUAAGCUGUUCCGCGCGAACGAACCGCUCCUCAGUGUUUUCAUGUGGGGUGUCAAUCACACGAUAAACGAGCUUAGUCACGUUAACAUACCAGUAGUGCUCCUGCCAGAUGAUUUCAGAGCUUACAGCAAGUUAAAAGUGGACAAUCAUCUUUUCAACAAGGAGAAUAUGCCCUCUCAUUUCAAGUUUAAAGAGUAUUGUCCAUUAGUAUUCAGAAAUUUGCGGGAAAGAUUUGGUAUCGAUGAUUUGGACUACAAGGAAUCGAUGACAAGAUGUCGGGCAUUUAAUCCAUCCCUGUCAGAGAGGCAUCGGGAUUUGGCUAAGAACGGGAAGACUUGUGAAUUGGUUCAGCGUUCCGCUACUGCUCCCUCGAUUACCCUGUCUCCUUCUGUUCUUUCGCAAAUCUCGGUCCUAAAUAAACCAUUACGUUCCUACGGUUUUAAACCGAAGCGUCUGAGAUCGCAACCGAUAUUAGAAGACUCUUCUGGUAAAAGUGGUGCAAAAUUUUACCAAUCGUAUGACAAGUUGUUCAUCAUAAAGACCCUUACCAGGGAAGAAGUCGAGAGGAUGUAUUCGUUUUUGAAACACUAUCAUCCGUACAUUGUGGAGAGGCAUGGAAAAACCCUGCUACCCCAAUAUCUCGGCAUGUAUCGUUUAACGGUAGACGGAGUCGAACACUAUGUCGUGGCAAUAAGGAACGUGUUCUCCAAUCAUUUAACUACGCAUAAGAAGUACGAUCUGAAAGGGUCAACGGUAGACCGCGAAGCAUCGGACAAGGAGAAGGAGAAAGAUUUACCAACGUAUAAGGACAACGACUUUGUCAAAGACGGAACGAAGAUAUAUAUCGGCGAGGAGGCGAAGGCUAAACUUAUAGAGACGUUGAGUGCCGACGUGGACUUUUUGACGAAGCUGCACUUGAUGGAUUACUCUUUGCUACUCGGGCUGCACGAUUGUGCGCGAGCUGAACAGGAGAACAGAGAGCGGGCUGAGAGAGAAGAGGAAGAGGAGCACGAAGAUGAAGAUGACAGCGAGUCCGGUAGCGGCCUCGAGUCGCGGGGUCCGAUGGGAGACCGUUCAUGGGGUUGGAGCGGCGUCGCUGGGAUGGCAACGCCGCCUGAAUCGCCACACACCGCAUUGAUGCGCGACACGAGCCUGCAGUACGAGGACGCGAUAAUUCCUGAAUUAGAUAUUUACGCGAUUCCGAGCAAAGAAGGCGCCCCUACGAAAGAAAUUUAUUUUUUAGCCAUAAUCGACGUGCUGACACAUUACGGCGUGCGUAAGCAGGCGGCGAAGGCAGCUAAAACGGUGAAGUAUGGUGCUAACGUCGAUGGUAUAUCGACCUGUGAUCCGGAACAAUACGGCAAGCGAUUUAUAGAGUUCAUGAGCAAGGCCAUAGAAUAAGCUCGUUGUUCGUUGUUGUUAAGCUUGUAAAUUUGGAGCCGCUUCUUCGAAAGUUGUGACGAUACACUAUCGCUUUUAUCUCGUUCGGGUCUUUCUUUUUUUCUUUUCCAAGCCGCGUCGAACGAACCUGAAUCGGUUUGUUCGUCGCGUCUUCGACCGCGGAAGAUCUUUUGUAUUUGGUACCGUCGUUCGGUAUCGUUCGAUCAUCUCAGUAUUCCUUACGACAUUUACGAUCAAUUUAGGAGGAUAAAGGAACUUUCGAGGUAGUCAGCCGUCGAAAUUGUUUCUUUCAACCUCUUUACAACGGAACGCGUUUCAUUUUGUUCAUUUUGUUCAUUUUUAUAUGACCGGCGACCAUUCGCUCUUAGUGCAUUGCGUACGACCUUUUUGCGAAUGCAACGUUGUUGAACAUUAUGGUUUACUCUAUUAAUUUUAUCCGUAUUUAUAUCGAGAAUCUAAACUGCGAGACUUACGUUAGGGUACGCUGUGCAUUAUGUGUACAAGCGCAGGGACGUGGCGCGGAAGGUGUCCGUUGAAGAAAUUUGUUGUACAUAAUCGUUACUUGCGGGGCGAUAAUCGAUGUUGUACUCAAAGGAAGCACGUAACGAAGCCGCUUCGUAUACGUGUAUUUGUUGAUACCUACUGUUCCAUUAUAUCAAACACCGGCGUAUGAUACGUGCGAAGCUGACAAAAACACUUCGAAACGUUGACAUUGUUUUUUGUACACACAAUGCAUUGCAAAGAAACUGCGUUAAUUACCGUCGUUUCACAGUAUGACGGCGUGUAAUGCUAGUUUACCGAGAAAUACUAUAAUUAAUGUUGAUGUUACAUAUGAUAAUCUUAAAAAAAAAAAGGAAAAAAGGCAAAAAAAAGAAACACGAAGCACAGUGAAGCGUCUCUUCACAGGAGAAGUCUACGUCUAUUGCAGAAAAGAGAGAGAGAGGCUCUCUCCGAGUUAAGACGAGUCUGUAUUGCUUCUGGUCCAGUGUCCGUGGUGUUAUCCUGGAAUGUUUCGAAUGUUCGACUUUAGAGUAAUUGCUUUUCCAACAAGAACUCUCGUUUCCCACAGUUCGUAAAGAACCAUACAGAAAAAGUUGAGAAGUAUUAUGUCAUAGCGCAGGAGGUACUAUAGAAUGAGAGCUUGGAGCUUGAAACGAGAAGGGAACGAAUGAUUACGUGUAAAAGCGUCAAAGGGUCUGUAGAUGUCAUCUAUCGUUUCAGUUACCGCGAAUCGGUGUCCUUCACCAUCGAUUCGUCUUAGUUGAUCAAGUGUACAGGGAACAAGACGAGUCAUAUGUUUUAUGCACGAUUCGUGUCUCCUCUAUCAAAGAUAGCCAACGAUUCGUUUGCGAAAUUCAGAAGAUAAUAGUCUCCUUUGUGCGUUGAGAAUAGAACGUUGAUUCGUGUUGUUACGCUUGAACGAGUGAGCAAAGCCAGUUUGCUGAUAGCAUAUUACUUUUGGUAACUGUAAAAAGAGAAGCAAUGUAAAACGUAGCGUUCGAUUGCGUUUCGGCGCAACUAGGUGCACAAGAUCUUGAUUACUGGCUUCGGGAAAAAACGAUAUAUUUCGUAGCAACGCUCGUCUCUUAAUUCGAUUGAACUUACCUAGUUACGGAUAGUUUCUAAUACAAACCGUAUUUUAGGAUCGUAAAACGAAGAGGAAAGAAAGGGAGAAUGCAUCGUCGCAUAACGCUCUACUUUUGACGAAUCUAAUAAUCGAUUUUUUAUAAUUUGUUAAAAAUUGAUCAUAAUAUAAUGACUAAUUACUUUACUAAUUAAGGUAUUCAUCUAGUCUCGAUACUUUGUAUGAUUUUGUACGUUGCCGACAACAUUGGGAGAAUAACGAUGAUGAAGAAAAGAUGAAAAAAAAAAUGAAAAUACAACCGAUAUUGCCAAGACCUGUAUUAUAAAGAGAGAAAGCAAUGAACAGUGGAAACAAAUAUCGCUCAAUUCCGGUGUAACGUUAUACUUUCUAUGAGAUGAAACGUAACUCGUUCUGUCUAUCAUAAAUUAUAACGUACCGUUAUGCACUAACAGGUUUCUUUAGACGUAUAUUUUUUUCUCUUUUUCCUAUUUCGUUCGCACGACUUGCAAAUCCAGAAAAUGAAUUCAAAGUCCUUAGUUUAAUCAAGAAUCUUUAAGUAUACAAUUUAAUGAGCCAUUUGCUCGGUUGGAUCACGGAAACGAAAAUAAAAAUUUCGAACGUUUCUCAGCUUAGACUUUCACAAAUUCGCACCCCGUGUGAGUAGAGAAAAAUGUAUAUACUCUCGGCUGAACCGCUGUUGGCAAUAUGUGUCCAGGCUUCUGUCGUCCUAACGUUUGUAUCAUUUACAGAGUCUGCGUUGUAUGAGCCACAGGAAAAUGAAAUGGACAUUUAACACGAUAAGAAUAUGAAUAAAAGAGAUAUUAGGAAGGA